AUGCUCCGUUCCCUCCUGAAAGCCUCCGCGCAGCAGGCGCGUAACGCCUCCAAUGUGCCGCCCGGUUUGGCCAACAUGAAGCCACAGUAUACUGGUAUCUUCAUCAAUAAUGAAUUCGUACCAGCCAAGUCUGGAAAGACGUUCGAGACGGUCAACCCAGCCAACGGACGUGUCUUGGCAAAUGUUGCCGAAGGAGAUAAGGCUGAUGUGGAUAUCGCUGUUAAGGCCGCCCGUAAAGCAUUCCAAGUCGGCAGCGAAUGGCGUCGGAUGGACGCAUCGCAACGUGGCGUUCUUCUGAAUCGUCUCGCCGAUUUGAUGGAGAGAGAUCGUGUGAUUCUGGCGUCGUUGGAGUCGUUGGACAACGGAAAGCCAUACGCCAUCGCCUACGCUGCGGAUUUGGCACUUUCGAUUAAGACGCUACGCUACUACGCCGGCUGGGCCGACAAGAAUCACGGAAAGACGAUCCCGAUCGAAGGCGACUACUUCACGUACACCCGUCACGAGCCAGUCGGUGUCUGCGGACAAAUCAUUCCAUGGAACUUCCCAUUGCUCAUGCAGGCAUGGAAACUCGGACCAGCCCUCGCCAUGGGAAACACUGUGGUGAUGAAGGUCGCCGAGCAGACGCCGCUGUCAGCUCUCCACGUGGCAGCGCUCACCAAGGAAGCCGGAUUCCCAGAUGGAGUUGUCAAUGUAAUUCCUGGAUAUGGACAUACUGCCGGACAGGCUAUUUCUAGCCAUAUGGAUGUUGAUAAGGUGGCUUUUACUGGAUCAACGGAGGUUGGACGAUUGGUGAUGAAGGCUGCCGCGGAGUCCAAUGUUAAGAAGGUGACCCUCGAAUUGGGAGGCAAAAGCCCCAAUAUCAUCUUCGCCGACGCCGACCUCGAUGAAGCCGUCGCCCAGGCGAACCACGGAUUGUUCUUCAACCAGGGACAAUGCUGUUGUGCUGGAUCGAGAACUUUUGUCGAGGGAAAAGUGUACGAUGAGUUUGUGGCCAGAUCGAAGGCCCUUGCUGAGAAGGCUGUGAUUGGAGAUCCGUUCGAUUUGAAGACGACUCAUGGACCACAAGUUGAUGGAAAGCAGGUGGACACCAUUCUGAAAUACAUUGCCUCGGGAAAGAAGGACGGCGCUCAAUUGGUGUGCGGAGGAAUCAAGCACGGCGAAGAAGGACACUUUGUGAAGCCAACGAUCUUUGCGAACGUCAAAGAUGAGAUGACGAUUGCUCAGGAGGAGAUCUUCGGACCCGUCAUGUCGAUUAUUCGUUUCGAUUCAAUGGAGGAAUUGGUUGAAAAGGCCAAUAACACGAUCUAUGGAUUGGCUGCCGGUGUCAUGACCAAGGAUAUCGAUAAGGCACUUCAUAUUGCCAACACGACGAGAGCUGGAUCCGUCUGGGUCAACUGUUAUGAUGUGUUCGAUGCCGCCGCGCCGUUUGGAGGAUUCAAGCAGUCUGGAAUCGGUCGUGAACUCGGAGAAUACGGUCUCGAAGCGUACACUGAAGUCAAGACGGUCACCAUCAAGGUCCCACAGAAAAACUCUUAA